UAAGCAAAAUCAGAUCUUUUUCUCUCUCUGACGACGUAAUCCCUAAUUUCUGGUUCUCCGUUCGUCGGUGGGAGAUUUUGAGGAAGCGAGAAGAUGGGAUUCCUUUCCAAUAAAAUCUCCAGAGACGAUGUGAAACCAGGCGAUCACAUCUAUUCAUGGCGUCAGGCCUAUAUUUACGCUCAUCACGGAAUCUAUGUAGGUGAUGGACAAGUCAACCAUUUUACUCGUGGUGAUGGUCAAGAGACUGGAACUGGGACUUUCUUGGACAAUAUCAUUGUUAGUUCAUCCCAUAAUCAUGGAGAUAACCCAUGUCCUAAUUGUGGAGAUCGAUCCAAUCUUGGCGGUGUCAUCUCUUCCUGCCUUGAAUGUUUCCUUGCCGGAGGUGAUCUCUAUGUCUUUGAGUACAGUGUUUCACCUGCUAUUUUUCUUGCCAAACCUCGAGGCGGCGUAUGCACAAUAGCAUCUUCAGAUCCUCCAGAAGAAGUCAUUUACCGUGCAAACUUUCUCUUGCAAAAUGGUUUUGGUGUGUACAAUGUUUUCAAGAACAACUGUGAAGAUUUUGCCAUCUAUUGUAAAACUGGUUUGCUAGUGGCAAACACCGAUGUGGGGAGGAGCGGUCAAGCCGCUUCCAUUGUUGCAGCUGCCAGUGUUCUUCUUUCUUCGCCACUCAGGUUUGUAGCAGGUUUUGGUGGUUUGGCUGUGGCUGGAUAUGGCAUGUACUGCACCAGUCGCCUGGUUUCAGAUAUUGGCAUGCGAUGGGAUGUGAGCAAGGUGCCUGUGGAGAGACUAGUUGCUGAUGUGGCUGAUAAGUCGGAGAUGGAAGCUAAACCAGAAGAUAUGAUGACCACUUAAUCCAAAACUGCUCACUCCUGUAUUACCAUACUGGCUGCGUGUGGAAGUAUGGUUGAUCUCUGAUUGUAAAGGUUGUGGAGGAAGUAAGAGAAUCUGCUUCUGCUGUAUCGAGUUGUGCAACAUUUGUCAUGUGAUUAUGAAACUUGGCUUUUGAUUAACACU